AUGUUAUUAUUUGUAGCUUUCUUUCUUUUUAUUAGUACAUGUAUUGGUGGUUGUUGGAUGUCACAAGAAGAUCUGUGGAUUGAUGAUAGUAAUUAUAACUGGGAUAGUUAUUGCAAUGAUUUGGGGAUUAAUUUAGUUAAUAAUGUUAUUGAUGUUAAUUCACCAAAAGUACCAAAUAUUUUUACUCAAAACCUUAACAGAGACCUUCUUAUUGCUCCAAUUCAAGGAUAUAACGUUACUAAAUUUUUAAUUACUAAAUGGAGUCUCACAACUAAUUCAAUACCAACAAUUACAUUUAAUCAAUCAUAUUCUAAAACAGAUGUACAAAUAUUAUUUAGAAGAUAUGAUGAUGUUUUUGCUUUAGGACAUGAAGGUUUUAAUUUUAUACUUAAAGACACUAACUCAUAUUUUGUUAUUAUCAAUGAAAAUGAAAAACCAGACAAUAAAUUUGACAUUUAUCUUCCAUUUUAUUUACAAGAACCUAAACCUCUUCUUACUGUUACAAUUCAUAAAAUGCAUAUUAUACCUUCUUCUUAUGUCCAAAAAGAUUUGAGGUGCAUUUUUUAUUCUUCUGCUUCUUCAGAAAUUACAGAAGACAUACUCUAUUUGAAUGAUAGUAAUUUAUUAGAGUCAAGAGUUAAUUGUUUUAGUUUUACUAAGAGAUACAUAUGUCACAACUCAUCACUUAGUUAUAAUGAUUCAAAGUGUAUUGUAAAUGUUGACGAUACAAUUGAUCGAGGUCAUUAUUCUCUCAAUAUUAUUUAUGACUAUAUCAUUACUGGAUUAACUGAAAACAUUAUUGAACAAGAUUUAAUUGUCAAUAAUUAUAAUUUUGAUGGUAUAGAUACUUUUGUUCUGAUUGGAACUGGUCAUAAUUUGACUAUAAUGACAUUUCAGAAUAAGAUGAAAACUAUUACAUUUAAAGGAAAUGGAGUAUUUAAUAUUCAAAAGUUUUAUACAAAAUUUGGGAAUUGGGAAAAGAUUCUUUCUAAAGAAUCAUCUCAACUCACUAUUGGUUCUCUUGUUAAUAAUGGAACUGGAAUAUUAGAACAAAUUAAUCCAAGUAUUUUUGUAAUAAAUACAUUUGAGAAUAUUUAUGGAGAUACAACUGUAAUUGGUACAAUCAGUUUCAAAGAACUUAUUAUUAAAUCAGCUGUUAUUAAAGGAUUUACAAUGACAUCUGGUAUUAUUAAUCUUCAAAAUAAUAUUCAAGCUGAUGGUUAUUUUGAUUUAUUUUCUUCUAUUAUCAUUGUAGACUCUUUUCAAAUUAAUACUCUUCCACCUCUUACAUUAAUAGGUAAAAAUAAACAGUAUCAAUUAAUCCUUUCAUCAGUACAAAGCUCAAAUUGUGUUGAUCUUAUUAGUACAAUACCAUCAUCUUCAUUUUCUAUGAAUGAAACAGAACAUAUCAAACUACUUUCAAAUAAUAGAUUAAUUCGUUAUUGUCCAUCUUCAUUUAAUUAUUCAGUCCAAUGUAUAAUGAAUUCAACAUUAUUUGAUUUAAAUUAUCAUUCUCCUUCUUUAUUUACUUUACCUCAUUGUCCUUGUUCUGGAAAUUCUUGUAUUAUUGUUACAAAAGAAGGAAUUGAAAAUAUUGAUUUUCAUGGAGAAGAAUUUGAUUUCAUUCUUAAGGUAUCUAAUCCAGUAUUUUCAAUCAAUAACAUACUUUCUUUGUAUUCAUUAGACAUUAAUACUGAUUCUUCAAUCAUUACAAUAACAUCUAACUUUACUCUUACUUCUAUAAAUUCUAAUAUUAAAAUAAUAAAUGAAGCUGGUCAAUUUACAUUCACAGGAACAAAUAUUGGUGAGGUUGAUGUUAAAAGUUCUUUUAAAGUAACUAAUACUCAAGUAACUAUUGAAAAGAUACAUAAUUGUGAUAAACAUCUUGUUAUAGGAAAAGAUGUACUAUAUUUAAAUAUUAAAGAAUUUGGUUGUGGAAUAAUUUCUGAAAUGAUAAUUGAAACAGAAGAUAGUUCUUCAAUACUUACCAUUCAAUUACCUGAAGGGAAUAAAGGACUUGUUACUAUUUUUUCAAGAAGGCCAAUGAAGUUAGAAGCUAAUGAAAAUAAGAUUAUACUUAUAUCAGAAUCUAAAACUAGUUAUUCUAUUAACAUUCUCAGAAUAUCUGAGGCUGUAAUUAUUUGCCAUAAUCAUAUUACUUUAAAAACAGUUAAUUCCAAUGAGGAUGGGGAGUAUUCCCUUAAUUUUCAUUCUGAAGGAAGCUGUCAAGUUUAUAUAAUUAAUGGUGGAGUAUCCAAAUGUGCUAUUUGUGAAUAUAAUAAUUUUCAUUUUGACUUAGAAACAAAAAAGUGUAUAAAAAUAAUGCCAAUUGAACAUUGUACUAAUUCAUAUAAUGGGUAUUGCAAAACUUGUGAAGAAGGAUAUUAUGUCUCAAAUAAUUUAAUAAGUUGUUUACAUUGUUCUGAUAAAAAUGCAAGAGUUUGUUGGAAUGAUGAUAGUAUUGCCUGUACAGAUAAUUAUACAUUAUCACAUAGAAAAUGUGUUAUUUCUUCUAUUGAUAAUUGUUUAUUAUUCCAUAAUGAAAAGUGUAUGAGAUGUUCUAAUGGAAAAUAUCAGACUAAUUUAAUGACUUGUGAGGCGUGUGAUUUAACAUGUUCUCAUUGUUAUUAUAAUAAAAAAUAUAAUAAUAGUGUUUGUGAUAUGUGUUAUAAUUCUACUUCUAGACAAAAUGAUUAUCAAUGCUAUAAAGAUGAACAUGCAAUAGUUACUGUAAAUAGUGGUAUAUUAGAAUGUGAUAUUGGUUAUUAUCCAAAUGAAAAUAAAUGUGUUGAAUGUUCUUUAUUAUUUGGUAAUUGUGAAAUAUGUAAUACUACAAAUUGCCUCAAAUGUAAAAACAAUAAUGUUCUGGACAUUAAUGGUAAAUGUAGAUAUUCUAAUAAGUGUAAAUCAAUUAGUUGGAAUAAGUGUAUUACUUGUGUUAAUAAUGAAGAUUUUAACAAUGGAACAGAUUGUAUUUCUAAUUAUCAUGAAGAUUGUUAUGCAUAUAAUACAAAUGGAGAAUGUAUAGCUUGUAAAACAAAAUUACUUGUCAAUGGAGUUUGUGGUGGAACAAUUUUAGGUUGUAAAACCUUUUAUAAUGAAUUUUGUCUUCGUUGUGAGGAUGGUUUAUAUCUCAACAAUAACACAUGUAAUAAGUGUGAUCCAAAAUGUAAAACUUGUAUUGGAAGUAGUGUUCAAUGUAUUGAGUGUAGUUCUAUUGGUUAUUUUAUAAAUUCAACAACACAUUAUUGUGAGUAUAAUUCAAACCUGAAAGAUGUUUGUCUUCAAUAUACAGUAGAUGGAGGAUGUGUCAAAUGUGCUAAUCAAUGGUAUGCUGUUGGUUUUAAUUGUUUAAAAUGUAAUUCUUCAUGCCUGAGUUGUAGAAAUUUAGAUAUGUGUAAUGAAUGUAUUGACAAUUAUUUUUUUGAUACAUCAAAUAAUUGUGUUUCAAAUAACAUCAUAACCAAUUGUGAUUCUGUUAUUAAUAAAUGGAAUGGAUGCACUAAAUGUAAAGAUGGAUAUUUUGUUAAAGACAAAAUGUGUUCUCCAUGUUCUUCUGGAUGUCAAAUUUGUACAGAGCCUAAUAAGUGUUUAACUUGUAAAGAGAAAUAUGUAUAUUCUAUUGGACAAUGUAUUAUUUAUUCUCAAAUUAGUAAUUGUAAAGAAGCAAAAAAUUCUAAAUGUUUAAAAUGUUCUGGUUGGAAUAAACCAAAUAAACAAGGAAAUGCUUGUUUAAGAUAUAUCCCUGCAAGAUUUAUAGUUGGGAUUAUAGUUUUAGUAAUAGUUUUACUUAUAAGUGUUUUGCUUGGAGUUUAUUUGUUAAGUAAAUGGUUAUUAAAAUAUUUAAAACUAAGAGAUAUUGAGAAACAAUUAAAUAUAUUCUCUAUUGCAAAGUCAAACCUUUCAUUCAUUAGUUUUGGUAGUGUUUUAGUAAAUAAAACUGUUAUUGAUUUUGUGAAUGAGGAUAUAAUUGAAAUUCCAGUUAAUGAAAAGUCUAUUGACACUAUUGUCAUUGGAAAUCUUGGAAAAUCACCUAUAAAAAUUCUAUUUUCAUUGAAAGAAGGAACAAAUGAUAAAUUCACACUUGAAACAAAUCCAUCAAAUUUAAUAAUCAGAAAAGGAGUUGCAUGUCCAUUUAAAAUAUGUAUUAUCCCUAAGUGUAGUUGUUUUAUUGAAGAGGAUUUAAUAAUUAUGGUUCAUGAAUUAAAAACUGGUAAAAACCAAUGUAUCAAUCUAAGACUAAUUGUUAAAACACAAAUUUCUACUAUACUUGAUUAUGACGAAGUAAAAGAAGAAGAAAAAAUUGGAGAAGGUGGUUUUGGUAUUGUUUUUAAAGGAAAAUUCAGAGGAAAUGAAGUUGCUAUUAAGAAAAUGAAACAAGUAGAAAAUAAAGAAAGUUCAAUGUUUGAGUUUUUAAAAGAAGUAGAAAUGUUAGACAAAUUUAGGUCAGAAUAUAUUGUUCAUUUCUAUGGAGCAGUACUUAUUCCUACUAAGGUUUGUAUGGUAACUGAAUUUGCAAAAUAUGGAUCAGUAAAUGAUUAUAAGAAAAAAUAUAAAGAAAAACCAUUCAAUAGGAAAUUAAAAAUAAAAGUUUUAAUUGAUGCUGCAAAAGGAAUAUCUUAUCUACACAAUAAUGGGAUUAUUCAUAGAGAUAUUAAACCUGAUAACUUAUUAUUAUUCUCUCUUGAAUACCCAGCAACAAUUAAUGCAAAAUUAACAGACUUUGGUUCUUCAAGAAAUAUUAAUAUGAUGAUGACAAAUAUGACAUUCACAAAAGCAGUUGGAACUCCUAUUUUUAUGGCUCCAGAAAUAUUGAACAGAAAACAUUACAAAAUGCCAGCUGAUAUUUAUUCAUUUGCAAUUACAAUGCUAGAAAUUAUUACGUGGAAAGACUCUUUCCCUAAAGAGUUAUACCCACAUCCAUGGGAUAUUGCAAAUACAGUCACAUCAGGUAAAAGACCAGUAUUAAUUAAUGAAGUAGAAGAUAGUAUUAAAGAAAUUAUUGAACAGUCAUGGAAACAAGAACCAAAAGAACGAAUAAGAAUAGAUGAUAUUAUAAUGAUGCUAGAAAAAGAAAUAUAUCCUUUAAAUUAA